UGUUGAAUUUCCACAUAUUAAUAUAGUCAUAAACCGUUAGUUUCAAUGAGAAUCCGCAAUGGAAAGAAGUAUAAAAGUUAUGGUAGCAUCAAAUUGAAUAUCAAAGACAUCUCUCCAGUUCUUGAGUUAAGCAGCCAAACAAAACUAUGAAGGUCAUAAUCCUCACUGCCCUAUUGGCUUUGGCGAUAGGUGUUGAAUGUCAAUACUUCUCAUACCCUUGUUGGCCGAACCUUGCACUCGGACCAGAUGGAACAUAUAUAUCACCAACUCAAGGGGCACCCGCAUGGUAUUUGGCAAGAAAUCGUGGUGGUGAACAUUCAGCCCCUUUGCCAGGACAUAGUCUAUCCGCACUUUCUUUGAAUGUAGCCCCAGCGCCGGGGACUGCAUGACCGGUACAGACGCAUCAGCGACGCUUUUUAAAUAGAGGAUCCAGUAUAAUAUAAUUUUGUGUUCAAAUUGUACAUAUUUGAAAUUUCCGGGUAAAUGCAAAUAAGGUAAUGUGCAA